AUGCUGUUGGAGAGCCUGGGCCGCGGGUGUACACUGGUUUUGUUCAGUCAGUCGCGCCAGAAAGGUGUCCAGGCGCCCGGCUUCUUCUGCGACCCUACAACAUUCGGAGACUGCGUCAAAGCCAACCUCUACGACAGCUACACAGAAUGGAGUGAGCACGAACGACAAUUCCAUCGGCGGGGGUGGAUUUGUGGUUUAUGCUCAUGUACUUCCAAAUCCGAAGCUUUCUUCUUGGAUCAUCUAAGGGAUUCUCAUGCCAGAGUAUUUCCCGAAGAUCAACAGCAGGCGAUGGCGAGACUGUCCGAGCGCUAUACAUCUUCUGCACAGCAAUGUCCCCUGUGCACAAAACCUCCCGUUUCAAAUCCGAUUUGCUUUCAGCAGCAGUUAGCUCGACAUCUUCAGCAGCUGUCUGUUUCUGUUCUCCCCUGUCCUGAGUCAGAACAAAAUAAACACGCAACCCGCGAUGGAGAGUCAACCGAGUCCCAGCAAGUUGUGGUAAUUGACAAUGAAGCGAGAACAUCAUUGAAGUCUAUAUCAACAAAUCAGAGAUCGUCAGUGAUGGAGGGAGACAAAACUUUGAGUGAGCAUUCAAAACCAGUGGACCGGCUCGAAGUUCCUGAGGCGGAGAAUCAGCCAGUAGCAGAAGCCCAGAUAGCCAAGAAACUCCGGGAAAUGCAGAGCAACGAGAGGACACUGGGGCCAGAGCAUCCAUCGACUGUGAAAGGCAGGAACAAACUCGCGUCAACUUAUUGGAAGCGUGACCAAUUAGAGGAGGCCGUGGAACUCUCAGAGAAAGUGCCACCGAUCAAAGAUACGAAGGCUGGUGAGAACAAUUCCUCUGCAGUGACGAGUAUGAGCAACAUCGCGUGGUCAUACAAGAGCCAGGCCCGAAUCUUGAUCUAA